GAAGUAGGGAGUGCGCACACAAGUCAACAAGUGACUUCAUUUAGGUUUCAAUUGCCAGAGCUGCGCACAACCAAAGCUCCAAAGUCUCAGUUGCCGUUCAGCUGGACCACAAUUUGGUUCGAUCGUUUUGAUGCGUUUUCUUCACCAUUGAUUGGGCUGUUGCGCUGGUUUAGUGUUAUUUGCAAUGUAUAUGAAGUGUGGCUUGAACACAAGUCUACGUUGAUCCAAAAUAAAAAUAAAAAAUACCCAAACGCACUCGUGAGUGAAAGUGAAGAUCCAGUUUUUGAAGCAAAAAUAUUCACUUUCUGCAUUUAGUUAAUAAUGAAACGGUCGCUUUAGUUCCCAAAUAUGUUCUUUAGAAACGUUGUUUGUCUGCUGAUUGGCUUAAUAGUUGGUGUGCGUCUCACUGACUUCUGGGAUUACGUCAAGCUGCAGCAGUUGAGUAAUAAUUUGCGUGAGAAUUACACAAAUACCACUCAUUCGCUGGGGUUGAGGUUGCGGUUGACGCAGGAGGACACGCUUGCGGAUUAUUUGUUUAAUAAUACUCGCGUGCUAUGUUGGAUCAUGACCAUGCCGGAGAAUCACUUAAAGCGCGCUGUGCAUAUACGGAACACUUGGGGUAAGCGUUGUAAUAAGUUGCUCUUCAUGAGCACGAAAGCGGAUAGCUUUUUGGAUACUGUGCCGUUGGAUGUGCCCGAGGGUCGUGAUUAUUUGUGGCAUAAGACACGCGCUGCGUUCAAAUAUGUUUACGAGCAUCACGGAGAUGAAGCGGAUUGGUUUCUCAAAGCCGAUGAUGAUAGUUACUUCAUAAUGGAGAAUUUGCGAUCUUUCCUAUACCAGUAUUCGGCAGAUGCUCCGGUUUAUUUUGGCUGCAAAUUUCAUCCUUUUGUUAAACAGGGUUACAUGUCUGGUGGUGCCGGUUACGUGCUCAGUCGUGCCGCGUUGCGUCGCUUUGCAGAGGUCUCCGCAUCCAAUACGAGCGCCGCCUGCACACAAAAUCAACUAUCCGAGGACAAAGAGAUGGGAAUUUGUUUGCAAAAUGCCGGUGUUGUGGCGGGUGAUGCGCGCGACGCUGAGGGCGCCGAACGUUUCCAUCCACUGGCGCCGAUACAUCUGAUACCUGUCGAUACGUCGGAAUGGUAUCCAUUAUACCUCUUCUACAAACGCGAUAAGAAUCUACAAUGUUGUUCGCGCAGCGCCAUUUCUUUUCAUUACAUUAAACCAAAGGAGUUCUAUGUCUUGGAUUAUCUCCUCUAUGAAUUGCGCCCGUUUGGCGUGGCGAAUGUCGCAGACACGUUACCUGGCAAGGCGAAUAUGACGUCACUGCUUGAACGAUGGAAGCAUGAGGUGUCUGAUAAUAUAUUUAAGGACGAGGAUUAGCGCAAGGAAAGUGUGGUAAUGACUUAAAAGGAUUAAGGAUAUCGAUGCGCCUGUCUUUUUAUUGAAUUACACAGGAAUUUACUAGU